AUGUGGACAACAGGCCCCGGACCGUGGCAUGGACUGUUUGUCAUUCUUUGUCUUACCAUCUUGGACUCCGUGACUGGACAAGCUCGGUAUUCCAUUCCGGAGGAGCAGGCAGAAGGGUCGUUUGUUGGAAACAUUGCUACGGAUUUAGGUCUGGAUGUAGCAAGGCUAAUAUCAGGUAAAGCUCGGGUUAUAACAAAAGGAGGUCGACACUUUGUUGAUUUAAAUCGAGACAAAGGUAUCCUUGUUAUCAAAGAGCGAAUUGACCGAGAAGAACUGUGCGGACAGACUACGCCUUGUAGCUUCAGCUUCGAGAUAAUCAUAGAAAACCCAAUCCAGCUAUAUCCUGUAAGAAUAAUUAUCCAGGACCAGAAUGACAAUGCCCCUCAGGUUCUGUACCCAGUUCAGACUGGUGGCUCUCUGGUGGCUGAAAUGGUGCCACGUUCAGCAGAGGUGGGCUAUCUGGUAACUAAAGUGGUGGCUGUUGAUGUGGACUCUGGCCAGAAUGCCUGGCUCUCCUAUAAACUGCAGAAAGCCACAGACAGGGCGUUGUUUGAAGUGGGCUUACAGAAUGGGGAAAUCAGAACUAUCCGCCAAGUCACUGAUAAAGAUGCUGUGAAACAAAGGCUGACAAUUGUGGUGGAGGACAACGGCCAUCCCUCCCGUUCAGCUACAGUCAUUGUUAACGUGGCGGUGGCAGACAGCUUCCCUGAAGUGCUGUCCGAGUUCACUGACUUUACACAGGACAAGGAGUACAAUGACAACCUGACUUUUUACUUGGUCUUGGCUUUGGCUGUGGUUUCCUUUCUGUUCAUCACGUGCCUGGUGGUUAUUAUAUCAGUGAAAAUCUACAGAUGGAGACAGUCUCGCAUCUUGUAUCAGUCCAACCUUCCAGUGAUUCCAUAUUAUCCCCCACGUUACUCAGACACUUUGGGAACAGGGACUCUCCCACACGUGUACAAUUACGAGGUGUGCAGGACGACUGACUCCAGAAAGAGUGACUCUAAGUUCGGCAGAGCCGGUAGUCAGAGCGUCCUAAUAAUGGAGCCCAGUUCAACAGGGACGAUGCAUCGGAUACAGAGUGACAAGAGCAUCCUGGAUGAGCCAGACUCUCCUCUAGAGGUGAGUUUUAGAAAAAAGGUGUCUUGA